UAAAGGUCAUUUCACAAUAAAAGAUCCACAGGCAGAAACAAAAUUAUAUUCUGAUAUUUGUCGCUUUGUUUUCUUCUAAUCGAAGUACAUUUUUAGAGACUAGGAGAGAAAUAUGGCUGAUGCUAAUGGUUCUGAAGGAAGCCCGGUAGUGGCAAAUAAUCAAAACGAACAACAACCGAAUCAACAACAGCGCCCUCAGUCAACAUGGGACAUCAUAAAAGGUGUUGCAUUUCGAAUGUUGAUAUUUUAUUUUGUUAUGAGUUUCUUCAGAGGAUCAUCUAAUACUAAUGAACCAGCAACAUCCAAGGAUGGAGUAGCCCCAGUGUCAACUGAUGUUGCCAAAACUGCUUUUAAUUUAUUUCCGCAAGGCACAAUUAUGGACAUGCGGAUCUAUAUUUCUGAAGAUGAAGAGUUUACCAAAUUCAAUGAGAAUAAAUACUUGUAUUGGGAGCUUUUAGAUGUAGAAUAUGGUGAUUGGUACGCUGGGCCUACUGGUGAUUCAACUUUCGUCCAUUCACAAGAGUUUGAAAUUUCAGAGAAUGUAAUAAAUAAUGGGUCAAUCUACAUACAUGUUUAUUUCACUAAAAGUGGGUACUCACCAGAUCCAUCUAGAAAAGGGAAAUAUGCCAAGAAGUACACAGUUUACCAACGUAAACAACUGAAUAAAUUCAAAAAAAGAAGUUUCCAGAAAACAAGGAAUCUAUUGACUGGGGAGACUGAUGCAAGUGAAGAGAUGAUCAAAAGGGCAGAAGAAGAGGGUCCAGUUGAGAUUUUAUCUCACUGGCAUCCCAACUUAACCAUCAAUAUCAUCGAUGAUCACACUCCAUGGAAAGCUGGUUCUAUACCUCAACCUCUCGAUGAAUAUAUAAAGUUCCAUCCCUCUGGCAAUUAUUACCCUGUUAUAUACAUUAAUGACUAUUGGAAUAUGAUGAGCGAUUAUCAACCUAUUAAUGAAACGACGCCGAAACUGACGUUGGUAGUAACAUUUUACCCAUUGUCCUUAUUGAAAUGGCAGUUUUAUGCGGCUCAGGGUAUGAAAUCACAAUGGUCAAUGUUACUUGGCGACGAGGGCCUUGAAUCAGAAGGAGACCAAGACAGUUUCAAGAGAGCAAUGCUAGACACAAACCCUUAUCUCCUUGGUCUGACAGUUAUUGUGUCUAUUGUACAUAGCGUGUUUGAAUUCCUUGCCUUCAAGAAUGAUAUUCAAUUUUGGAAUAACCGCAAAUCAUUGGAAGGGCUGUCCGUUCGUUCUGUGUUCUUUGGCGUAUUUCAGUCACUAAUUGUACUUUUAUACAUUCUUGAUAAUGAGACAAAUUUUGUGAUCAAAGUUAGUAUCUUUAUUGGUCUUCUAAUUGACUGUUGGAAAAUAACAAAGGUUGUUACCUUUAAGAUUGAUCCUGAUCGAACUGUACUUGGAUUUUUACCUCGAAUAACUAUUGAAGAUAAAUCUACGUAUGUUGAAUCAGCAACCAAGCAGUAUGACCAGAUGGCAUUCAAAUAUUUGUCUUGGUUAUUGUUUCCGUUAUUAGCCUGUUAUGCUGUUUAUUCGCUCUUCUACCAAGAACAUAAAGGAUGGUAUUCUUGGGUGCUAAGUAUGCUUUAUGGAUUUCUACUCACAUUUGGUUUCAUCAUGAUGACUCCACAGUUGUUUAUAAAUUACAAGUUGAAAUCCAUAGCUCACCUUCCAUGGCGGAUGCUAACGUACAAAGCUCUUAAUACGUUUAUAGAUGACAUUUUUGCAUUUGUAAUCCAGAUGCCAACACUUUAUCGUAUUGGAUGCCUCAGAGAUGAUGUAAUAUUUCUUAUUUACGUAUACCAACGCUGGAUCUAUCCCAUCGAUUAUUCCCGGGUAAAUGAAUUCGGGACAACAGGUGAAAUGCAUGGAGCCAAUGGGAAUACCCCCAAGGAAAUUGAAGGUGCUGAUGCAACGUCCAAUGAAGUUAAACCUGAAGCAAUCAAAUCAGCUGAAGAGAAGAAGAAAGACUAAGCUACAGUGUUUGUUACUUGUGUACUAUUGCUUGUCUUCUUUCAGUAGAUGUUGUCCAUUUGCUAACUUUGGGUGCAAGUUUAAUUUUUAUUUGGUAAAUUGUACCAGGAGAGGAUAUAUCUUAAUUUAAUGUUAAGUAAAUAGUUGUUAGUGGCCUAACAUUUGAACUGUUCAGUCUCUUGAGGAAUGUCUCAUUCCAAUACCCCAUUCACAGACAGAAAAUUUUCUAAAAAUAUUUCCCUACAAGAUUUGAUGCUUUUUACAGUUCAUACCCAGUAAAGAUACGCACAACGCCAGUACGGAUAACCUGCGCCCUGUUACCAUGCGCACAUAUUUUUGCUCAGGGGUGGAUCCAGGAAUUUGAAGUAGUGGGGCCCAGGGAAGGGCGUGCACAGAGGGUGGGCCUAUUCCAAUCCAUGGUUGGGGCUGAGGUAAGAAAAAUUAUGAUUAUUGCAUGGAAAUGACUCUUAGACUUAAAUUUUAUAAUUUUCUCUCUUUUUUUUCUCCAUUUUUAAAUAGUUUUUAUAAAUUUAGGGUGGGGGUGGACUUGGCCUUCCUGGAUCUGCCACUGUUGCUAAAUAAUUCAAGAAUCUUCCAGGCCCCUUGAAAGGUUGUUUUAUUUUACCGAGACUUCCUUGAUAUUCUUACAAAAAGAUGCAUUCUUACAACAAUUAUAUCCUUACUAGGGAAAAUAUUCUUGGUAAAUUUUUUAAUAUUUAAUUUGAUGUUUGAAUCUGGCGCAAGUUGAAAAGUAAGGCCAUUAAAUGCUAUUAACUUACAAUCCAUAUGCCAUAUUUGUGAAGUUGUAGCAUGUCUAACAAUUCUUUUAUUAACUCAAUUUAUAAAAUGAAUGAAUCAACAGAUAGUAUUUUUUUAGUAGAUAAAAUGUUGUAUGUGGAUAUAAUGUUGUGCAAUGCAAUGUUUCAUAUGAUUUUAACUAUACCUAAACUCCAUAAUUAGGCCAAGCAAACAAGAACUGAAGAAAAAUCAAGUAUAUUAAUAUUAAAAUUCUAAUGUACUAUCGAAAGGCAUGGCAAUAUUUAAUACAGACUGUACUGUUAUAUAGACGUGGCAAUAUUUUAAAGUUCAUAUAAAAAGAAGUUUUACAAUUUUACUCGGGUCAGGAUUUUUAUAAAUAAAACUUGAGGGAAUGUUCCUAUGAGUCGGAUUUAAAUAAUUUUUAAAUAACUUUUAUCAUAUCAUAAUUUUCAUUCUACUGCUUAACCCUUUAUUAAUAACGAAUCAUAUUUUUGCAGGGAGUGACUGGUUUAAAUUGUCUUUGCCACAUUUCAUGUAUAUAGUGAUGGUGUGCAUUCUAGACGUGCAUUUAUAAUGGUGGGUGCGGGUGGGGGUUGGUUAUUCUGUACUAAGAGUACACUUGGAUAUUGUUGUCUGUCAUGUGGUCAAUUAUAUCAGAAUAGGCAAAUUUACCCUUCCAAGGGACUUCACCUAAUCCUGUAAUGGGAAACUUUCUCCCUUCCAAGGAACUGUAUGUUAUCCUGUCAUUUAGUAUGGGUUCUUAGUCAUAAAAAGAUAGAGUUAAUAUUGUCAAUAAAAAUGGUUCUUUUUUAUUAGAAUUCCUAGUGUGAGGCCCUUCAAAAGUUUCAUUCGAUAACCAAUCUUAUCACCUAAAUUAAAAACAUUUUUUAUGUAACUGUAAUGUUUGCCCUUAUAAAGAAUGCUUAAAGUAAGCAUGAAGGAAGAUGAUCUCAGAAAAUAAUUAUACAGUGAUGUAUUUGAGCAAUAGUAAUGAAUUAACCUUGAUUACCAAAUGACACAUAAACCCAGAAAGGUAAACUAAAGUGUUUUUCUCAUAUGCUUUACAGAACAGGGAUAGUAGUGAAGUAUAUUUGUAAAACAGAUUUUAAUGUGUUUUACAAACUAAUUUUGUACAACAAAUUCAAAUCUAGAUUUUAGAAGUUUUCUUCAGAUCUCCUCAUGUUUAUUCAAAUGUGCUGAUAUUCACCCUAUUUUUUUUUAACCAUAGAGGGCGAUCUGCUAGCGUAUUCAAGAUGCUCGGCUGAUAUUCAGGGGGCCUCUUGAAUAAAUGAAAUAACGUGAUACUUUAUCAGCGAAGACUCUUUAUGAGACUUAGGGAGUGGAGUGUCUUUUAGUUGUAAUAAAAAUCCUACUGUCACAGAUAUUGAACCCUGGGAUUGGAAGGCAAGCAUCUUAAUCACUAAGCUAUUUAACUCCAUUCCAAAAUGUUCACCCUAUCUCGAUGUUCACCCUAUUUCAAAUGUUCACCCUAUGCCAGUGUUCACCCACUCUCAAUGUUCACCCUAUGUCAGAUGUUUACCCACUGUCAAUGUUCAACCUAUCUCAGAUGUUCACCCUAUGCCAGUAUUCACUCUGUGCCGAUCUUUACCCUAUGCCAGUGUUCCCCCAAUCUCAGAUGUCCACCCUAUAUCAGAUGAUCACCCUAUCUCAGAUGUUCACCCUAUCUCAGAUGUUCACCCUAUCUUAGACGCUCACCCUAUCUCAGAUGUUCACCCUAUCUCAGAUGUUCACCCUAUCUCGAAUGUUCACCCUAUCUUAGACGCUCACCCUAUCUCAGAUGUUCACCCUAACUCAGAUGUCCACCCUAUCUAAGACGUCCACCCUAUCUAAGAUGUUCACCCUAUCUCAGAUGUUCACCCUAUCUCAGAUGUUCACCCUAUCUCAGAUGUUCACCAUAUCUGAGACGCUCACCCGAUCUCAGGUGUUAACCCUAACUCAGAUGUUCAACCUAACUCGGAUGUUCACACUAUCUAAGAUGUUCACCCUAUCCCAGAUGUUCACCCUGUCUCAGAUCUUCACCAAGUGUUGGUGUUCAUCUUGUCUCAGAUGUUCACAAAGUGUUGGUGUUCAUUUUGUCUCAGAUGUUCACGCUGUUCCAUUGUUCACCCUGUGGUCGAUGUUUACCCUUUCUCAAAGUUGAUUUGAUGUCAAUGUGUACUGUAUGUUGCUGAAUGUUCACACUAUGCCAGUGUUCACCUUUUGAUCACAUCCUCCUUUUAAUUUUAAACAAAAUCCAAAUGAGUUUAUCGAACCUUGUUCUUUUCUUGAAUGUGAAUAUUGAAUUGAUGAGACAAUCAAAGGCUGCAUUCCUUUAUGAAUAUGAAUGGAAUUUAGUUCGUAUUCCAAAAUAAUGUAUAUGUAAUUAAAAUAUAUCCUCUAUGAAAUAUGGAGACUGUAAACUGUCUCUUGGUACUUUGUCUUUGUAUGAGUAGCGACUGCCGUAGAAACAAAUGUGAUAUAAAUAAUUGGUUUUAAAAUGCAUUGUUGAUUCUUUUGUAUGAUGGUAACCAAAUACCUGCAUGAAGUUGUAGAUCUUUUUGUACCACAUGUAAGUUUGAAUGACCAUGUUGUAUUUUGUAGUGAUUACGUAACCUUUUCUGUAGAGCAUACAGUGAAGGAAAGACUGGAAUGUUGUAAAAAUCAUGGAAUCAUGUGUGAUAUAUAAUGUCCAUUAUGACAAGAAUGUUUAUCAUUUUAAUCAAUAAAAUACACAUGUUAUCAACAAUAAA